AAAAAAGCAGAAGCUAUAAAGUGACCAUAGUCACUGCUCAGAGUGUCGCCUGGGGCUGGGUUCUGCAGCUCUGCUGAGCCGGCAAGGGGGAAAAGAAGGAAUAACCAUCCAGGAUGCACUGCUGAACACAAGGGGAUAUGAAGCCAAAAACCUGCACAAGAAGAAAAAUCAACCAACCCAGCCCCAGCUUGGGCCACCAGGUGCUGUUAGUGAUGCAAUUUUCCAGUGUGCCUAGUCUGAAGACCUUAGUCACUGCAGGGCUAUUUGCAACCACUCUCUGGAAUUUAAAAUCCUUCAUUUACCACUUUGAGAUGCCUGCCAAAGUCCCCACAUCCAUUGCACCACUGACACUCUUGGUCUGGGAUUGGCCCUUCCAUCAGACUCUGAACCUUAGUGGUGACAUCUGUGCAGACCUCUACAGCAUUCAGGGUUGCCAGCUGACUGAUGACCGUGGGCUCUUUGACCGGGCAGAUGUUGUCGUGUUCCAUCACCAGGAGCUGCAGCGGGGCAGGGCCAAUUUUCCCAAGGAAAGAAGUAUUCCUUUACAAAAAUGGGUGUGGGUGACCCUUGAGUCCCCCCCACACACUCGGGCAAUGGCUGGCUGGAAGGAUAUCUUCAAUUGGGUCAUGACAUACAGACAAGACUCUGACAUCUUCAUUCCAUAUGGGGAGCUCAUGCUCCACUCAUCAACUAGUGUGAACAUCCCAGACAAGACUGGUUUGGUGUCCUGGGUCAUUAGCAACUACCACCAUAGCCAGAAAAGAGCACAGGUCUACAAAAAUCUGUCCAGACACCUCCACGUGGACAUAUUUGGGAAGGCCAGUAAGAAGCCACUGUGUGAGACCUGCCUCUUAGCCACCACUUCCCAAUACAAGUUCUACCUGGCCUUUGAGAACUCCAUCCACCAGGACUACAUCACUGAGAAGCUGUGGAGAAAUGCCUUGCUAGCUGGUACAGUGCCCGUGGUGCUGGGGCCUCCCAGAGCCAACUAUGAGAAGUUCAUCCCUGCAGAUUCCUUCAUUCAUGUUGAGGACUUUGGGUCCAUGCAGGAGCUGGCCAGCUUUAUUAAGAGCAUGAAUGCCAGCCGCUACAGACAGUUCUUUGAGUGGAAGAAGACGCACAAGGUGAAGCUCUAUGAGGACUGGAGAGAACGGUUCUGUACCAUCUGCACCAGGUACCACACCCUGCCAAAAGAAAAACUCUACCCUGACCUGGAAAACUGGUUCAGGACUUGAAAAGAUGAGACUAGUCCAAAAUGAGUCUCCUCAGCCACAUGCAGUCUAUAUGGAGAAACCAGGCUGUCUGCAGGGGCAGAAAGUGAUCAACUGAUUUGCCUCGAAUAGCUGGUCACCAGAACAGCAGGCUGGGAUUUAGGAGUCCUUACCUCUACUCCUAGUCCUGUGACCUGCUCUAGCUGUAUCCCUUCUCUCAACUACUGUAAAAUGGGAUCAAAAUACUAACACACUCCACACAGGGGCAUUGAGAGAGCUGAACUAGUUGUUACAAGGAAAAUACAUGGUGCU